AUGACAGAGAAGGUAGAGCAGAUCUAUGAAUAGCCAACCUUCUAGCCAUGGUCUACGUCCCAAAUGGCACCCUAUUCCCUAUAUAGUGCAAUACCUUUGACCAGAGCCAUGUGGGCACUAGUCAAAAGUAGUGCACUGCAUAGGGUAUAUGGUUCCAUUUGGAACGCAGGCCAUGUUCAUAAAUGCUUGUUGCCCAAAUUCAAAAGUGGGUGUGCCAGGGGUGCACAUAGUUUUAACAUGCUGACAACCUGCUUUCCAAAAUCAAACAACUCUUGCUUAGUCCAUUUAACAUGGGGGAUAAUUCAAGUAAACAAUGCCUAUCAACAGAUCUCGCUUGGCUCGUGAUCAGAAGUGGCAAGGACCGCAUUUAUUAAAUGUGUUUAGUGUUAUAAUAGCAAUUCUUCAAGAAUAAAUUAAUAUCUAUGUUCAAAUAUAUUGUGGUUCCAGAAAUAUAUUUUGGAAAACAAUAUGAACAUCCAUCCAUCCUUCAUGAAGACUGUUUGUUUUAAAAACCUGAUCUUAUACAGUCUUAUACAGUGGCUUGCGAAAGUAUUCACCCCCCUUGGCAUUUUUCCUAUUUUGUUGCCUUACAACCUGGAAUUAAAAUGGAUUUUUGGGUUGUUUCUAUCAUUUGAUUUACACAACAUGCCUACCACUUUGAAGAUGCAAAAUAUUUUUUCAAGAAAUAAGACAUAAAAACAGUACUUGAGCACCCCCCCCCCCCCCCCCCCCCCCCCCCAAAUCAAAACUUCGUAGAGCCACCUUUUGCAGCAAUUACAGCAGUAAGUCACUUGGGGUAUGUCUCUAUAAGCUUGGCACAUCUAGCCACUGGGAUUUUUGCCCAUUCUUCAAAGCAAAACUGCUCCAGCUCCUUCAAGUUGGAUGGGUUCCGCUGGUAUACAGCAAUCUUUAAGCGAUACCACAGAUUCUCAAUUGGAUUGAGGUCUGGGCUUUGACUAGGCCAUUCCAAGACAUUUAAAUGUUUCCCCUUAAACCACUCAAGUGUUGCUUUAGCAGUAUGCUUAGGGUCAUUGUCCUACUGGAAGGAGAAUCUCCAUCCCAGUCUCAAAUCUCUGGAAGACUGAAACAGGUUUCCCUCAAGAAUGUCCCUGUAUUUAGUGCCAACCAUCAUUCCUUCAAUUCUGACCAGUUACCCAGUCCCUGCUGAUGGAAAAACAUCCCCACAGCAUGAUGCUGCCACCACCAUGCUUCACUGUGGGGAUGGUGUUCUCGGGGUGAUGAGAGGUGUUGGGUUUGCACCAGACAUAGUGUUUUCCUUGAUGGCCAAAAAGCUCAAUUUUAGUCUCAUCUGACCAGAGUACCUUCUUCCAUAUGUUUGGGGAGUCUCCCACAUGCCUUUUGGCGAACACCAAACGUGUUUUGCUUAUUUUUUUCUUUAAGCAAUGGCUUUUUUCUGGCCACUCUUCCGUAAAGCCAGCUCUGUGGAGCGUACGGCUUAAAGUGGUCCUAGGUACAGAUACUACAAUCUCCGCUGUGGAGCUUUGCAGCUCCUUCAGUGUUAUCUUUGGUCUCUUUGUUGCCUCUGAUUAAUGCCCUCCUUGCCUGGUCCGUGAGUUUUGGUGGGCGGCCCUCUCUUGGCAGGUUUGUUGUGGUGCCAUAUUCUUUCAAUUUUUUAAUAAUGGAUUUAAUGGUGCUCCGUGGGAUGUUCAAAGUUUCUGAUAUUUUUUUGUAACCCAACCCUGAUCUGUACUUCUCCACAACUUUGUCCCUAACCUGUUUGGAGAGCUCCUUGGUCUUCAUGGUGCCGCUUGCUUGGUGGUGCCCCUUGCUUAGUGGUGGUGCCCCUUGCUUAGUGGUGUUGCAGACUCUGGGGCCUUUCAGAACAGGUGUAUAUAUACUGAGAUCAUGUGACACUUAGAUUGCACACAGGUGGACUUUAUUUAACUAAUUAUGUGACUUUGAAGGUAAUUGGUUGCACCAGAUCUUAUUUAGGGGCUCCAUAGCAAAGGGGGUGAAUACAUAUGCACACACCACUUUUUCCAUUAUUUAUUUUUUAGAAUUAUUUGAAAUAAGUAAUUUUUUUCACUUCAUCGAUUUGGACUAUUUUGUGUAUGUCCAUUACAUGAAAUCCAAAUAGAAAUCCAUUUAAAUUACAGAUUUUAAUGCAAAAAAAGUAGGAAAAAUGCCAAGGGGGAUGAAUACUUGUGCAAGGCACUGCAAAUACUGCCUGCUUUAUGGCCUGCAUCUCACAGGUCAGAUAUCACAGGUUGGACAACGAUCCCAAUGUCAAUAAAGUGUUACAGAACACUGCAAUGUAAAAUGUGACUGUGCAUGGUCUUCUCUGCCAGUAAUGGACUUUCCUUGCAGGAAAUAAUGGAAAUCUGGUCAGAGGAGCAGGUCCACUGUUCCAUCUGUCUGGACGUGUUCACCAACCCUGUCUCCAUCCCGUGGACAUAACUUCUGCCGCUGCUGCAUCCUAGACUACUGGAAGACCACCGCCCUGUUCCAAUGCCCCAUGUGCAAGAAGACCUUCUUCAAGAGGCCUGACAUUAGCAUCAACACCGUCAUGAGGGAGAUCACAGAGCAAUUCAAGGACAUCAGGGUUAGCAACACAGAGCAUCUCCAACAGCAGGAGCUCAAAGAGGAACGUGAGCGACAAAAGAAGAUGGAGGAACAGAAAAAGAUCGAGCAGGAGGAGAAAAAGAUUGAGCAGGAAACUAAGAAGAAAGAACAGCAGGAUCUGGUUCAAAAGCAGCAGAAACUUCUUCAGGAGCUGAGGCUGAAUCAAAAGAUGCAGAAGCUACAGCUGCAGCAAAUGACCAGCCAGGAACCAGAGAAAUGA